AUGCCUCAAAUUUCACUUGUACCAGCUGAGCUUGCGGGAAUGGUGAUUGAGACAUUGUUAUUUGGAAUAUAUCUAGCGACGUUCUUUGCAAGUGUUUACCUUCUAUUCUCUCGACGCUUUAGGGGAGGCCAUUCGCCUCUCUCCACACUCAAGUCACCCAUGGCUAUUGCCUGCUUUGUGUUGUUUGUGUCCAUCGUAGCUCACUGGAUAUUAGACAUCAUCCGGCUGUUUGACGCAUUCAUAUAUGACAAGGAUGGCAACCCUCUAGCAUUUUACGCUCUGCUUUCGGAUGGAAAGAAUGUGGUGAAGACAUUUUUAUACAUCUUCGAGGCCAGUAUCGGCGAUAGCAUCAUGGUGUAUCGCCUCUAUCACGUAUGGGGCCGCUCAAUCCAACCCUGCGUGUUCCCUGUUUUGACGACUAUGCUGACAUUUGGUGCCGGCAUCGGUAUAUCAGUGCAGUUCUCUCUUCUUUCGCCGGGCGUCGAUGUUUUCACUUCUACAUGCGGACGGUGGAUUACAACCGUCUUCACCGCAACACUAUGCACAAACUUGUACUGUAGUUCCCUCAUUACCUACCGCCUACUGAAACAGCACAACACCGUCAGGCAAUACAAGGACCCUAACUCCGGUGUACACUUUCCUCGAGUCCUUCAGAUUCUAGUUGAGAGUGCAGCUAUCUAUUCAGCGGCCACCUUGGUGACAUUCGUGUCCUACCUCUCUGGAUCAAAUCUUCAGUUUCCCUCGCUGGAUUCGUCAAGCCCUGUCAUAGGUUUCGUCUUCUGCUUGAUCAUCGUGCGAGUACGGUUCAAAAACACUGGAAUCGAGAUCACGACCAUGCACGAGCGCUCCCGUCCCGCUUUCGCCAUGAACCCCGUUGCUGUCAAUGUCAACAUCUCGCAAGAAACUGAAACGAUACAAGACAGGUACAGCGUGCAACAAAAAGCGAACAGGAGCGGAAUUCGAUUCGAAGACGGGAGUGACGUUAACGACGGUAGUAAUGUUUGA